ACAACAAUAUGUGUUUAUAUAACACUUUUGGUAACCAUUCUAACAAAAGUCACUCUUUUCCAAACCAAAUAUUUCUCACAAUAGGGAAUGACAGGAGGGAAAGAAGAAAAGAAAGAUGAGAAGGGAAAAGCUAAAAUUGAAGAAAAGGUAGAAAAAAAGAAAGAUGAAAUUGAAUUGAUCACUGCUAUUUACAAAUUAAAUUUGCAUUGUCAAGAAUGUGGGAACAAGAUUAAGAAGCAUCUCUUAACUACUCAAGGAGUACAGACUGUGGAGAUGCAUAUUGAGAAAGGAGAAAUUAAGGCAAAAGGGAAAUUGGACCCUUUGAAAAUUUUGAAGCUUAUAGAGAAGAAGAGCAAUAGAAAAGUUGAAUUAAUAUCACCAAAAGUUAAACCCAAGGAGAUUACUACUAUUGAUAAAAAGCCAAAGGAAACUAAAGAUCCAAUUGUGCGAACUAUCACGGUGAAGGUUCACAUGCAUUGUGACAAAUGUGAAGCUGACCUAAAACGCAGACUAAUCAAGCACAAAGGUAUUUUCAAUGUUAAAACCGACAAGAAAGCUCAAAGUCUAAUAGUUGAAGGGACUAUUGAAGUAGAGAAGUUGACAUCAUUUUUGAGAAAAAGAGUGAAUACAAAUGCUGAGGUUAUUUCCAUAAAAGAGGAGAAAAAGGAAGAAAAGAAAGAAAAGGGCAAAGAAGAAAAAAAGGAAGAAAAGGGCAAAGAAGGAAAAUCUUCAGAAUCAACUAAAGUAAUAGAAAUUCAUCAUCAUGGAAAUACACAAGAUGAGAUUAAAAUAAAGGACAAUAAUAAUGUUCCUUAUAUUAUUCAUUAUGUUUAUGCACCACAAAUUUUCAGUGAUGAGAAUCCUAAUUCAUGUUCUAUUUCAUAGUUUUGGUGUAUUUCUAUUCUAACUAUGUGAUUAUAAGUAGGAGUUGUUUCAUGUAAGAUUCAAAUUCAAAUUUUUUCGAAUGAUGAUAAUUUGACGUUUUUUAUGUUUAA